GCCGGGCACCGUCGACGCGCACGUUCGCCAACAGUUUGAUAUGGGUCGCGGUUCUUAUAGGGAUAUAAUUUCUUCAGGUAGGCCGAUUCGUGGUCGUUAGUCGCGCGCGAUCGAGUUAUCGAGUCAGAAAUAGGCUAGAUGCUACGUUCCCAAAGAAGGGUUGGGAAGCUGGAUCGUUUUUAACGGGGCUGCCACGCGACGUACCACGCGCCACUCACGCGCUUUGCCUUUCCAUCUUGCUGCCAAAAAGUGUCUCCCUCGGGACUUCGUUUCGCACACGCACGCAUACACACACACACACACACACACACACCUAAACAAACAAACACACAUACACACACACGUUUUACACGGCAGGUGGUUCUAUCGCUCGGUUCCUCGGUCGUCCUUCAACGUCGUUCCUCUCUCGAUCAUCGUCAUCGCGAAAACAAAACCUUCGAUCGUUAUCGUUCGAAGAAGAAUCGUUGUGCCGACAUUGACCGCGAGUGAUCACCUUGCUUGGUAGCAGGUGAGCUGCGACCUCCGUACGACAGGGCAACCGUAGGUGAGAGAGAAUUGCAGGUGAGAGAAACCGGGCAAGCGCAUCGCGAGGCGCACGGUUACGCACCUGGAUUUCACCGUUGUCGCUACUUCAACGUAAAAUGCGGCCAGUGGAUGUGAGGCAGCUUCUUCGAUCUCGAGACGUUCGUGACGAAAAGCACGGUGCAUGUUACUACCGGUAAAGCGUAGGAGAAGCGCGUUCUUCGUAUCGCUCGUUGUAUCGGUAUACCAGAGGUAGCCGAAAGAACCGACCGAACUACAUAUCGGGUCCUCGAUGUCGUUCUUACCUGUCCACCUGGCCCCGUCGUUUAGAGCAGCGACGUCUACGUUGUCGCCAGCGCAACUCAGGCAAUAUCUUCCCGGUGAUAAAUCUGCCAGCAAAUCUAUUUGGAAUUAUCCCGCGCAGACGAUCUUCGUGUCAGGCUGCCGCUGAAAACGAUUCGUCCCGAACGAUUCGUCAUCCUCGUGUCGACUGCUGGACGAGAUCUAGAAGCCGGGAAGCAGCAUGUCGUUGCAUUAUCCCCAAGGAUAUCGGUAUCGUCCGGCGAGUAAAGCUGCCGGGGCAGGGAAUGGCGAGCAAGGUUCCGACAGUGACGUUGCCCAACUCAGUGAUCUCGAGGACGACGAGGACGAAGAUGGGGGUGGCCAGUCGACCAAUAGACGUAUCGCGCACCGACGACACGACGAAGAGGAGGAGGAGGACGACGACGAGGACGACGAGGACGAUGAGGACGACGAGGACGACGACGACGACGAUCAAGAUGACGAAGAGGAAGACGAGAACGAAGAAGACGACGGGGUAGACGUGGAUGGCGACGAGCUACCCUAUCCUGGUUUCGUGCCGGUUGCAAUGCGAUACCUCGACCAGAAUACACGACCGCGCAACUGGUGUCUGGCGCUCAUCACUAAUCCGUGGUUCGAAAGAGUGAGCAUGAUGGUAAUUCUUUUAAACUGCAUUACACUGGGAAUGUACCAACCGUGCGUCGACGAUCAGUGUGUGACAAACCGCUGUAAAAUAUUGCAAAUGUUCGACGACAUCAUUUUCGCCUUUUUCGCCCUGGAGAUGACAAUCAAAAUGGUCGCGAUGGGCAUCUACGGCAAAGGAACGUAUCUCGCUGACUCCUGGAACAGAUUGGACUUCUUUAUAGUCGCUGCUGGUGCUCUGGAAUAUUGUUUGAACGUGGAAAACAUGAAUUUAUCGGCCAUAAGGACUAUAAGAGUCUUGAGACCUCUACGUGCCAUCAACAGGAUUCCAAGUAUGCGGAUACUAGUGAUGCUUUUACUCGACACUCUUCCUAUGCUGGGCAACGUGCUGCUGCUGUGCUUCUUCGUCUUCUUUAUAUUCGGUAUCGUUGGCGUGCAACUGUGGGAGGGCAUCCUGCGUCAACGUUGUUUCCUGAAGGCUUUACCCAACGUCAAAUAUCCCGAGUUACUCUCGGACGAGUACUCGGUUCGAUCACGCAUUUACGACCUUGAGAAGUACUUCGAAUAUCAGGGUCAGGACUACAUUUGCUCGCGUCCCGACGACAACGGAAUGCACUCUUGCAGUAACCUGCCGCCGCUCAAGUUCGGAAACGUGGUUUGCAAUAGCACCGCGUUGCCGAACAAUAAUGCAACGUUCAUCACCAACGACACCUGCGUUAAUUGGAAUUACUACUACACGGAGUGCAAGGGUCAGGGUAACAAUCCUUUCCAAGGAACGAUAUCGUUCGACAAUAUCGGUCUUGCCUGGGUCGCAAUAUUUCUCGUAAUCAGUCUGGAGGGAUGGACAGACAUAAUGUAUUACGUACAGGAUGCUCAUUCUUUUUGGGACUGGAUAUACUUCGUCCUUUUAAUCGUGAUUGGUUCCUUCUUCAUGAUUAAUCUCUGCUUAGUCGUGAUAGCAACGCAAUUCUCAGAAACGAAAAAACGGGAGAUGGAAAGAAUGCGACUGGAGCGUGCACGUUUUCAUUCUACAUCAACGCUUGCGUCGUCGACGAAUACCUCAGAACCGACUACAUGUUACGCUGAAAUUGUUAAAUAUAUUGCACACCUGUGGCGAAGAGGAAAGAGAAGGUUAAUGAAGAGGUACCGAGUGUAUUUAUACAAAAGACAGCAGAAACGCGAGCAGAAUUUACUUAAGGAACAGCAACAACAUGGACACCCGUUUCGAGCAGGUGCACCCGGCCCUGAUUCGAAUAGAUUACCCGGAGAUAGGAGAAUCCAUCAUGGUAGAUGUCCUCGGUUGUUGGCGGCUCUGGAAUACGCGGAACAGCAGCAACAGCAGCAACAGCAGGGGGUUGCUAGCGGCGGAGGGUCGCUCACUGAUUUUGCUGCGAACAGUCCUCCGACGCAGACUGCGAUUCUCGCAACUGCUCUCAGUAAUAACGGCGGCAGCAAUGGAAAUUUGGCGAUUGCACCUCGUGCCAGUCCUGAGAUCUCCGAGGCUGACGUCUCUUCGAACGUGUGCCAUCGUAUGGCACUCCAUAGGACUUCCUCCGUUUCCUGCAAUGGAAGCGACAAUGUCUUUUCCAACGCGACUGAAGCGAGUAUUCAGACGAACAACGCGCUGCUAAGUCCGCCUUGCACGAACUAUCGUAGAAGGAGCAGCGUGAUGUUCAGCGACGUGGUGUUGUUGCACGGCAGCAACAACGUCGGAAACGCGUUGCAGGCCGGCUCGACGACGGUGUCACCCGGCGAACGGAACGUAUGCUCCUGCGAAAAAAUGACGCAGACCGGUGACGGGAAUGUUUGGUCGAGCCCACUGCCAGACCACAUACAGAUGCAGGCUGAAUUUGGUGGAAACGAAGCCAUGACUUGUCAAGAAUUAUUGGCGUUAAGCGGUGCUUUGAGUGCUGCGUUACCAACCGGUCAGCUGGCGUUGGAUUCUUUUCUCAAUUCGCUUACCAAAGGAAUAACGGAUCGACGUAUUACCCUGGAGGAUCGUACGCAGUGGUUAGCGUCGGACAUUGAUAAUUGCUCGUGUUGCUGUGAACUCCAGGGCACUGAUCAAUGGCCAGACGAAGGUGACAAAUGGGCGAAAACUUCCCGCUCUAGAAGAGUGUUGAGAACUUGCGGCAACCGUUGUGUUUGCGCGAUACGGUGCAUAAGACGGUCGAUUAAGAAGCUGGUCGAGCACAAAUAUUUUCAACAGGGUAUCUUAUUGGCGAUUUUGAUCAAUACUCUGAGCAUGGGGAUAGAAUAUCAUAACCAGCCGGAGCAAUUGACCAUAGUGGUUGAGAUAAGCAAUAUCGUAUUUUCGGCCGUCUUUGCUGUGGAAAUGUUGCUCAAGAUCAUCGCGGAGGGUCCGUUCGGUUACAUAAGCAACGGAUUCAACGUUUUCGACGGAGUCGUCGUGGUACUCAGCGUGGUGGAGAUUUGUCAAGCGUUCGUUGAGGAGAGGAGCGGAAGUUCCGGGCUGAGCGUGUUGAGGACCUUCCGGCUGCUGAGAAUCCUCAAACUCGUGCGUUUCCUACCGAACCUCCGGCGACAGCUGUUCGUGAUGUUGCGCACCAUGGAUAAUGUUGCCGUAUUCUUUUCCCUUUUAGUACUUUUCAUCUUUAUAUUCAGCAUCCUAGGGAUGUACCUGUUCGGGGGUAAGUUUUGCAUGUGGGCGGACCGGAGUCGGCCCUGCACCUGUGCCGAGGUGGUCUCGCGGCACCCAAUGUGUCGCUGUGAUCGCAAACAUUUCAACGACAUCGUCUGGGCACUUGUCACGGUCUUUCAGAUCUUGACGCAGGAAGAUUGGAACGUCGUGUUGUUCAAUGGUAUGCAGAAAACGUCUCAUUGGGCGGCCCUCUACUUCGUCGCGUUGAUGACAUUCGGCAAUUACGUCCUCUUCAAUCUGCUCGUCGCCAUUCUCGUCGAAGGAUUCUCUUCCGAGAGAAAUGAAAGAAGAGAGCGGGAACAGAGAGAGAUGGCGAGACUGGCGGCGAAAGAAGCAGGGAUGGGCAGUGACGAUGGUUCCUCGAGAAUAUCGAGAUCUCACUCGAUCACUGAUAGCGACACAUACACACAGGAUCGAAAGAAUUCGUGGCAGAGCGCGGAGGAGUUGCGCAAGUACAAAGACAACAACAGCAGGGAGAAGCAGAACACCGUAUGGAAACAUCAGAUGGACGAGCCAAAGUGUAACAUUCAAAAGGAGAAUAAGAUGAUGGGCGCUGCUGGACAACCACCGAUAAUUACUCACACGGCAGCCACCCCUCAGGAUUCGCCCAACACCACGCUCGAUGUCGGCUACAGAGAUCUAAAUUGUCGAGCUGUUUAUCCUACAGCGGCAUUGUCCAUCGAAUCCAUCGAUCGUUCAGGCAGUCAGUGUAGUAUUCCUUCCGGCCUGUUGAAGCUACCAGACGUUUCGAAUAAAAUAUCAACCAAAAAUCUUAUUGCCGGACAGUUUCCUCGACGAAUAAGCCUCGUCACAGCUGUUGUUAAUCCAGCAACGAGAGAAUCAUCCAGUUCAAGUUACCUGGCUGCUCCUUGCUACAGUCCGCCAAGGAUACAAAGAGGUUACUCGUGGAAAUUAUCACGGCCAUCUCUACGGAGGAAACGUUGGUCGCAAUCGGAGGACGAACCUCUUAGUAGAGCUACUGUCCUAAAUAACGGUCGAAGCACCCUACUCGGUUCCAAUUCAACUUUCAACGGCGGUUAUUUACACGGUUCGAUAAGAAACGACACGCAAAGCGACACACCGAAUAAUCGAACGACCGUCCUAACAAGCAAUAAUCGUAGUCUCAGCCCUAAUAAUUCCAUCGCAAGCCGUAGCUCCUCUAUACGGCGUUACACAGCAACCCCUAAUCAGAUGCGAUGGAUUAGCGAUCUUUCGCGAAGGAACUCGUUGCGUGGAAACGAAAACAUUCAGUCGCCGACGAGAAAAACUUUACCUCUAGACGAGGUGCCUAUGCAAUGCUCAACGGCACGUACAAUCAAUAAUCUGUCGAUGGAGACUGGUCCACUGCCCAGAAUUAAACGACUUCCCGAUCAAGAUGAUGACAAUCCCCGUACAGACGAACAGACGCCUCCCUUGAAUGGUCAUGGUAGUGCAAGCAGCAUCGAGAGAAUUAAAAAAAUAUUCAUGUUUUUUGAACCGAAAGGAUGCCUUAAGGAACGUGAUGAUUACUCGCUUUACAUUUUUCCACCGAAUAACAGAUUUCGCGUUUUAUGUCGACGGUUAGUCGAUCAAAGAUGGUUCGAUAACGUGGUUCUCUUUUUCAUUGGUCUGAAUUGUAUCACACUGGCGAUGGAACGGCCAAAUAUACCACCGGAUAGUGGAGAAAGACUUUUUUUAUCCACUGCGAAUUACAUUUUUACCGCGGUGUUUGCUGUUGAGAUGUUUAUCAAGGUUGUUGCAUCUGGUAUGCUGUACGGCUCCGACGCUUAUUUUACUUCAGGAUGGAAUAUUAUGGACGGAGUUCUUGUGAUCAUUUCCAUAAUCGACUUAUCAAUGUCCUUACUGUCGGCGAGUAGUCCAAGAAUAUUUGGAAUACUGAGGGUUUUUAGACUUUUAAGGUCACUAAGACCAUUACGGGUUAUUAAUCGAGCUCCUGGUUUGAAACUGGUUGUUCAGACAUUGUUAUCCUCUUUACGACCUAUCGGCAACAUCGUUUUGAUAUGCUGUACUUUUUUCGUAAUCUUCGGUAUCUUGGGCGUGCAGCUCUUCAAGGGUGCCUUUUAUUACUGCGAGGGGCCUGAUAUUAAAAAUGUACGCAAUAAGACGGACUGCCUGGCCGACAAACGCAACGUUUGGUUAAACAGAAAAUACAAUUUCGACGAUCUUGGAAAAGCGUUGAUGUCGUUGUUCGUAUUAUCAUCGAGGGACGGAUGGGUGAACAUCAUGUACACCGGACUCGACGCUGUAGGCGUCGAUCAACAGCCAAUCGAGAAUUAUUCGGAAUGGCGAUUGCUCUACUUCAUAGCUUUUAUCCUGUUGGUUGGCUUCUUCGUCCUUAAUAUGUUCGUGGGCGUUGUGGUGGAAAAUUUUCAUAGAUGUCGCGAGGAACAGGAGAAGGAGGAACGCGUGAGAAGAGCCGCCAAACGAGCCUUGCAAAUGGAGAAGAAGCGACGAAAAAUGCACGAGCCACCCUACUACACGAACUACUCAAAAUCGAGGCUGUUCGUUCACAACGUUGUGACUUCUAAAUAUUUCGACCUAGCAAUUGCUGCGGUGAUCGGCCUGAAUGUUGUUACCAUGGCGAUGGAAUUUUACAUGAUGCCAAAAGCUCUGACUUACGCUCUAAAGAUAUUCAAUUAUUUCUUCACCGCGGUCUUCAUCCUCGAAUCUUUUAUGAAACUCGUUGCCUUAGGUCUACAUCUUUACCUUAAAGACAAAUGGAAUCAAUUAGACGUAGGAAUCGUGAUAUUAUCGGUGGUUGGUAUAGUUCUCGAAGAAGUUGAGUCGAAGAUCAUUCCGAUUAAUCCUACGAUAAUUCGGGUAAUGAGAGUUUUACGAAUCGCUAGAGUUUUGAAGUUGCUGAAAAUGGCAAAAGGAAUACGCGCCCUUUUAGAUACGGUAAUGCAGGCGUUACCGCAAGUUGGAAAUCUAGGAUUACUAUUUUUUCUCCUCUUUUUCAUCUUCGCAGCUCUUGGUGUAGAACUAUUUGGUCGACUAGAAUGUAACGACGACAUGCCUUGCCAGGGUCUGGGGGAGCAUGCGCAUUUCAGUAAUUUUGGUAUGGCGUUUCUAACGCUUUUUCGCGUAGCCACCGGCGACAAUUGGAACGGUAUCAUGAAGGACACCCUGAGGGACGACUGCGACGAAGCAGCGGACUGCGUGAAGAAUUGUUGCGUGAGCACCAUUAUAGCCCCGAUAUUUUUUGUAAUUUUCGUGCUGAUGGCACAAUUCGUUCUUGUCAACGUUGUCGUCGCCGUGCUCAUGAAACACCUCGAAGAAAGUCACAAACAGAUGGAAGACGAGCUUGACAUGGAAACUCAGCUGGAGAGAGAAUUGGCCGCGGAGCAGGAAGAGCUGUUGGAGGUAGAGGAAGAAGAGGAAGACGAGGAAAUAGUGAAACGAGAAAGAGGAGACGAUGGUGGCAUCGAGGAGGACGACGACGUUAGAGAACGCGAGUCUAUUUUAGUGACGAACGAGAAGGUUCUUAUUAAGGGGAGGCCUGGUCUUGCCAAAGUUCGUUCCUUGCCUGCGAAUUUUAUUUACAAUCCGCCACAAGAGGAAGACACAGACGACGGAACGAUUUUCGCGACGUUGUCGCGGCGCAAUUCGUAUCAUCGCUCCAGUUCAAGACCGUCCAAGUUCAAAUCGAAGCGUCGACAAACGUUUCACUCGGGGCAUAGCCAGAGGAGAUCCUUACUGCCGAUGCAUUUUGAAGUCGCCGAAGUUUUCGAGAAGUCAGUGAGCAAUCUAAGCGUGCCUCGGAUUAUUCCUCAAUGCAACUAUAGUGCAGCAAACCGACAUGCCACCCACGCGCAGCGUCUAAGGUUACAGGCGACCAGCAGCAACGGACAAGAGAACAAGUGUUUGUUGAGCGUGAUCAAACCUUCAACGAGUUCUUCCCCGGUGUCACCGGCCGGCUCGGUAGCCACGCUAGCCUGUCCUAAACUAAGCAGCGAACGUUAUCUUUUGCCAACGGCCACUAUUUACCCGUCCAAGGCAACGUUGAGUCGCAGGCCAUCGAGCGACACGCAGUCACAGUCCGACACGAACGCGAGCGUCGGUACCGCGAGCAACGCUCCUUCCAGAACGCCGAGCGUGUCGAACGAUCACACGGAAAACGGUGCAUCGAAGGCUAGCAACAAAUUGGACGAUUCUAAGAAAACGAAUAACGAGCGACGGGUAUCUGCUCCACCGACGGAUGAUCUUGACGUGCAGUCGAUCAUUAACGAAAGGAGACCAUCCAAGCUCAAGUGCGGAAAUUCCCUGGGAAUGACGGCCAGUGUCGGUGACCAAUACCCUCCGUCGAUUCAUACGGGCAGCUACGUAUACGUCACCGAGCAACGAUCGGAGGAGGUGUCGCCGAUAUCGACCGGUAACAUGAGCGACAGCAUGAUGGCAAGCACGAGCGCGAGCACGAGCGUGAGCACGAGCGAAAGCGCGAGUGCAAGCGCGAGUACAAGCGCGAGUGGAAGCGCGAAUGCAAGCGCGAAUGCAAGCGCGAGUACAAGCGCGAAUGCAAGAGCGAAUGCAAACGCGAGUACAAGCGCGAGUGGAAGCGCGAAUGCAAGCGCGAAUGCAAGCGCGAAUGCAAGCGCGAGUACAAGCGCGAGUGGAAGCGCGAGUGGAAGCGGUGGCGCCAGUGGAAGCGGUGGCGCUAGUGGAAGCGGUGACGCUAGUGGAAGCGGUAACAGGAACGGAAUCGCCGUGGUAAAUAUACCGGAAGCGGUUUGCACGACUAUUGGCUCGGACGUUCGCAUAUACGUGGACGAUAUCGACUCGAUGAGCAGCGACAACCAGUGCACGGUGUCCUCCAACGAGGACACGCUGGACGAGGACAUGCUGGACGAGGAGACGCUGGACGAGGAGUCGGACGUUUCGUCCGUCACCGCGGUCCAUGAUGAAUCCGGCUUAAGAGAAGAAUGAAGGGGAGGUCCGAUAGAUUCGAUAGAGCGUGUUCCGGUGCACCCUUGGAUCGUUCUUAAAGUUCAAGAUCGAAUGGUCGUCGCGCGAUCUACACUCCUAUCUGAAGUUUAGAUAAACGGAUUCUAAAAAGAAAAAAAAGAAAAAUACCAAAAAAAAAGAAAACAAAAAGCAAAGUAAUCGGUUCUACCGAGAAACAGUAUAGAUUUCUAUGCAACUGCUAGCCGACCAUGGUAUCCACGGCAAAGUACCAUGGAGGGUUCUGCGAGGGUUCAAUGUUUGGGCUCUAAGAAAGACUGUAGUGCAUGACAAUAUAGUCGUUAUAUUCUAGUAACUUUGCCGCCGUGAACUUGCCAAAGAUAGGGAGCAGGAGGUUUAGGGAAGAUCGGGAACAUCGGAAGGGUGGAUGGAUGGCGUUUUCUGGGCAGGUAAACGGAUUCGCUGUUAGUCGAGCGAGUAACCGAAAGCGAAGAUCUAUGGGAAUCGAAGAACGUGUUCGAUCACGGAUAGAACAAUUGUGUGUUUUCAGCGCGCAAAAUGGAAUAGUUCGAAGGGAUGAGAGAUGUGAAUGAGAGAUAGCGUGUGCGCGAAUGUUAGCGAAUGGCUGAACGCGCGUGCAAACGACAAGCGAGGGCAACCAAAGAAAAAAAAAAAAAAAAGAAAAGAGAAUCAGAAGAAAUGAAAAAAAAAGAAAUGAAAAACCUAUGACAAUCUAUUAUUGCCAGCGGAACUGAUCUUACGUUCCGUUAAAAAAUACACCGUGGAAGUCGAUCCGUAGGAAUUGGUAGGAUGAAGAACGACGUAGUUCUGCGUCAAUAAUUAGGGAAUUUAUGUAGUCGUUAGGUAAAAAAAAAAAAAAAAAAAAAAAGAAAAAAAACAAAUUUGUCGAGUCUACGCGACAAUUGCAAUUAAUCGGACCACACUUUCUCGCCUUUCCUUUUUCUCCAGCUCGUCGAAUAAAUAACGCGUGUCGUUCGCAGGAAUGUUUCGAGAGCCGCGGCGGAUCGUGGGUAGCUCUCGACGGAGAAACAGAAAGGUGCCAAACCGAACACACGGAAAACAAUGAGGGAAAAUGAAGCAUAAACGCGAUGAAAGGGAGAAGAGCACGAACGCGAAUGGUCAUUACCGAAGUGCCAGAAAAUCUAGAUAAAAAAAAAAGCAGUUUCGGACUAUAAAAGAAAUUAGGAAAACAGAAUAAAAAGUAGCGUAGUCUUAUCGCGGAACGGAGAUUUUAGCUGCGGAGAGACAGGAAGAACAAACGGAAUAAAAAAUCUCGUGUAUUAACAAUAGACGUUAAGAGCUUCGUAAUUAAAUAUUCUCAGAACCAACGUGGUGCGUGGUCGAAACGGGGGAAGAAUAGGGAGGCCGAACAAAUAUUGUUACGAUUGGCUAAAGUAAUAAACAGCCAGUUCAUAGUUUAGUCGAUUAUAAUGGUAUUUUUGUCACCUCUUUCGCGCUAACUCUAUAUAACGGAACAAAACAAGCAAACUCGACGAUUAACUCGGAGCUCGAGGUAAAUACGAUUAGGAACUUAAGACUAAAUCCGACGUUGUGAUAAUCUUUAAUACAAAUUGAAACUCGUACAAUCUAUAAUCUCUAUGUCAAUUGGUAUUAACUUGGACAGGUUCACGUGGAAAGCUAUGACGACACCAGCUGCCGUGUACUUCCGAAUAAAUCCUGCGGCGACUGACGAUGAGUCGAGUAUUCUCUUCGUUUCCUUCUCUUCGUUUCUUUCUCGCGUUCUAGAACGUUCUUCUCGUUAACAUCUGUGAUAUACUUUAAUCGUAGUGUAUUUCCUAUAUAAAAAAAAAUAGAGAGAAAGAGAGAGUGAGAGAGUGAGAGAGAGAGAGAGAGAGUGAGAGAGAACAAAAAAGCGCUACAAGGGUAAAUGAAGGGAGCGAAUAUAGCAGGACGACAAGCAGAGAGCAAAGAGCAAAGAUGAAGCAGCGAUUAAAGAAACAGGAAAAUACGAAACGAAUGGUAGUGCGACUUUUUAAUAAAAAUAAAAUGAAAGGAACAUAAAACGAGGACGAGCGCGGAACUAUGGUUUGAAGUGAGAAAUAAAAGAAAAAAUAAAAAAAUAAAUAUAAUAAACACAAAUAUAUAAAUACGAUAGAAGAAACUCUACUGUACAUACAUACACUUACGAAUAUUCUAUACUAUACACUCGGUGUGGUUUAUUUUGAUACUACCGCGUGCGGUAAUAUUUAACGAUUGUCGGGGAUAAAUUCAACAAAUUAGAAAUGAAGAAAAAAUAGUAAAAGAAAAAAAAAAUUAAGGAGAAGAGAAAGAAGGAGUAAUUAAAUAAAAGUAAAAGAAGAGUGCAAGUAUAAAGUAAAAAAAUUCUAUGCCUUCUAACGUUGACGGACGUUGACGAACCUUCGUGCGGUGGUGGUGCCCGCGCUUCGAACGAUCAAAGGCAAUUGGUGAUCUCUCUUCGUUGACUCGAAGUUUCAUAGGUUGCUAAAACGUUAACGAGCGCUGUGCGCCACGUUGCUUUUUAAAAGAAAAAAAGAAAAAAAAAGAAUAUGAAAAAAGAAAAAAACGAUAGUCACGCGACUGAACCGAACGAUCGAUCGAUCGAUCGAACGAAAGAAACAACCUUCGGUUCCAAUAUGAUCGAUUAUCAGCUGCCUCGCGUGUUACGUGUUACUUCGAUCGUUCGAUAAUCAUAGGCGUAACGAACUAUUACCAACGCUAUAAAUAAUAAUAGUCUGUUUGUGUAACUCGUUGAACCUGUUAAAUCGAGACAGCUGUUAAUUAAUAAUCGCUGUGGGAGCGAUCAAUUUGUUUCAAUUACCUGUUAAUCGUUAAUCGUCCGACGAGAGUGACAAUCGUUAGCGAAACGUACGACGGCGGAUAGAUUUCGGCGGACCCUUUCGUCAUCGAUCGAUCUAUCGUACGAUCCCGAUAGUAAACGAAACUACGUAGUGGUAUGGACUGUUCAUAGUCGAAACUUACUCCGUUUAAAAGGUCUAAUGUAAAUCUUGUACGCACAAUCACGCCUAUUCUACUCUUACGACUUAUGUAAAAACGAGGGAUCUCCGCUCCAAUGUUCUGGUUGUUGCGAUUACCCAUUCGAAAUUGUUACGUUAAACGAGUCAAUAAAUUUCUGAUGAAUUUAUGGGACGGGGAGGGAUCGAUGCGAUUCAUUAAUCGUAAGGAAUAGAUAACGAAGAAAUGAAGGAAAGGAAGAAGAACGUGUCACGGAAACGUAGAGUCAAGUUGUUCGUCGAGAUGAAACUAUUCGUAAUGGUGGCGUAUUGGACUUCCUUGGACCUUUUAAUCAGAACUCCUAGAUUAUAAUGUAUCCGUAUAAUAUACAUAUAUAUAUACAUAUAUAAAUGCGUGUGUAUAUAUAUAUACACGAUACACGUACAUGAUUAACGUAUAACGCGCGUCUCUCUGGCACCACGACCGAGUUUCGAUAGCUCGAUAGCGUUAGACGACUGACCUCCGAAUUAUAGUUUACUCUAGCCACGGGAUGAAUCGUGCGACAGCGCGCGAGAAUUCGCCGUUCAGUUGCACGAGUAUUUGUUUAGCGAAACAGACGGUAAAAAGCAAGCGAAGAGUUUAGAAGAUGCGAAAGAGAGGUAAAAAGAUGAGUAAAAGAGAGAAGAAAAGGCGAAUCUACUUACGUAUGUGCGCAACAUGGCGAUGGAACAAUUUCUAUCCGCGAGAGAAUCCGAUGAAGACGAAAGAGAAGAAGAAAGGGAAGUUGUGUUAGAAUAAAGAGAAGGAAAGUGGAAAAUGAAAAGUGGGAGAAAUGGAAGAAAAAUAUAAACGAAUAAAAUUAACAAAAUGAAGAGUAUAUACAUAUAUGCGUACAUACAUACGUGAACACAUAUACGUAUAUAUACACAUAGUUACGUGAAUAAUAAGUACAAGAGAUGAAAUCGUGCACGCGCACGUACAUCAGAGUUAUUAAACGUGUUAUUCAGUGUACUUGUUGCCGCGUGCCUCUCGAGUCUGUUCUUCGCCCCUGAACGAGGCAGUGCGUAAUCGUCUAUUUAAGAAAAAAAAAGGAAAACCAAUAAAUGAAAAGUAACAAAAAAGAAAUAAAAGAGAGAAAAAAUUACAAAAAAAGAGAAGGAAGAAACAGAUAUAAAGAGGUAAAAAAAGAACAAUAAUGGAGGAGGAAGGGUAAGGAAGAAACGCGAUGAAAGCCAGGGGGAAUAAGGAAGAAGACGGUAGAGGGAAAAAGAGAAAAUGUAAAAUAAAGAAAAAAGAAAAAAAAAAGAAAUAAAACGAAGAAUGGCUAGCCGCCCUCAAAUGUAUCGUGCUAUUUUAAUUACAACAGUAACGUGUACCAGGCAUGGUCCAUACGACCGCCGAGAAGCGUCCUUUUUGUCUGUCUGAUGCGUACAUGUGCGUAUACGUGAAUUUUUUCGGGGAGAAGUCUAGCCACGCGAAUGUUCGGUUGAAUUUCGAAAAAAGAAAGGGAAAAAUUAGGAAAGGGAAGAGAGAGAAAAUGAGAGUAUUGGAGAGAGGUGGAGAGAAAGGUUGAAUGCGUGAGUGCGAAUGUGCGAGAGAAUGGAGGAACACGACGAUAGAAGCGUAGAACAAGACUAAAUAUGUACAAAUGUAAUAAAUUGAAUGACGAUUACGUUGAAUUGA